AUGCUGAUGAAGAGAAAACUGAUGAUUCCGUGGCUGGGCAUCUCUCUCUUUUGGUUCAUCGUGUAUCCUAUAGCUGCUAUCAUCAUAAUUGCCCUCGUGUGUACCUAUGUCCAAGAAAAGAUCGUCGUGGUCAGUGUCGUUGGCAUCGUCGUCUUUGUCCUCAUCGUUGGUUAUUCCCUUGGAAUCUAUUUCUUUCUUGUCGUCUAUUCCUACUUCAAGGCCCUCCGCCAAUUGUCUACCAAUGCCAGGAAUUGGCUGUUGUUCUCUGCCAACUGGUGA